AUGGCAGGUGCCAGAGUAUUGGCCGCCACGGUCGAGCGGCACUUUGCACGUCGCUCCAGGUCUCAUCUUUGCGGCAUCGUUGCAGGUACCACGACAAGCUGGGCUACGGAUAGACCGAUGACCGGCUCCGUUUUACGGUCAGUUUCGACAUCCUCGGCUUUAGCGUCUUCGAGAAUGGGCAGAGGCAACCGCUUCACAGUGUCUCGAAAUCAUCGUCGUCCAACCAACUUGUCAGCUGCACAUCACGCUUCCGACAGAAUUCCACAUCACGCAACUCCAUAUCCUGGCGCACCUUCGACCACCCUGGAUCCGGCGCACAGCGCCAGCGAAACCGUGUCGGAAACCCGCUCUUCACCAGAGAAUACCACAUCGAAGGCCAUCACCGAUCCAUCGGUCUCCAUACCGGCCAUCGUCCCGCACGAUCCGCACUCGGUCCUUCAGGCCUCCAGCCCCAACUUUUCCGGUGCCACUCAACUCCUUACCCAGUCCGCUCUCGUUGUGACACGGGAGAUUGAAAUGAUCAACAUUUUCCUGGGCUUUGAACAAGCUAACAAGUACUCCAUCCAUGCACCCAGCGGCGAGCUUGUAGGCUAUCUUGCGGAGGAAGAGCAAGGUUUGCUCGGCGGAGCGCUCCAAAGACAGGUGCUGCGUACGCACCGACCUUUUCGUGCUACUGUGAUGGACGCCUCCGGGAAACCGGUGCUAAUGAUUCGAAGGCCAUUCACGUGGAUCAAUUCGACUGCGAGCAUUUACGCUGUUCGAUCGGAUUAUCCCAUAGGAUACGGUGCUCCUCAGGACAGCGACUUGGAGCUGAUUGGAGAGGUCAAGCAGCGGUGGCAUCUGUACAAACGUCGAUAUGAGCUCUUUCUCAAAAGGACGGCCGAGGAUGGCGAGGGCCACAAUUUCGUCCAAUUUGCUCAGAUCGAUGCGGGCUUUCUCAGCUGGACGUUUCUGAUGCAGGAUGCCGAGAGCAAACUGGUGGGUGCGAUUGAUCGAAACUUCCGAGGCUUUGGAAGGGAAAUUUUUACAGAUACCGGUCAAUACGUGCUGCGAUUCGAUAGUGUCGGUGAAACCGCGAUGGCAGACGCUCGUUUAUCGGCGCCUUCCUCCGGAGAAGCAUCGCAAUCCAAGCGGACGGGGAUAGCAGAAGGGCUCGAGUUAGUCGAGAGUCAUGGUACACGGGCGCUGACGUUGGACGAGCGCGCAGUGGCACUAGCGACAGCGGUGAGCAUCGAUUUCGACUACUUUAGCCGUCAUUCGGAAGGCAUGCAUGGAGGAGGCGGGAUGUUCCCAUGGAUGAUGAUGCCCAUGGGCGGUGGCGGAGGAGGAGAAGCGGCUGAGACUCCCAGAGGUGGCGCUAAUAGCGACAAUGUGCCCAGCAAUCCCAGUGGCGGCGCGGACGGUGGAUUCGGAACUGGUGUUGCGGGAGGAGCCAUCGGUAGUGGGAUGGAUUAUCCGUACGGCGCAUCGGAUUCAGGCAUUAGUGAGGAUGGUAGGCUAGGUCGAGAUCCAUCCAACCCGAACGGAUAUUCAGAGGACUCGAUGCCUUCGCAGCAGGAGCAGAAUGAAAGCCCAUGGUGGAAUGCAGACCAACAGCAACAGCAACAGCAGGGGCCUCAGCAGGGAGAUGUGUGGGGUACCGGAAAUUCUGAUCCGUGGGCAGGAGCGGGAGAUACACAGCAGCAAGAUGAGAGCAUUUGGGGUGGAUGGGGCAGUAACGGUGGAGAGGGUGGAGGGGGUGGAGGUUGGGGAGGAUUCUUUGGCGGCGAUGGUGAUAGCGGCAGCGAUUGGUAA